AGUAUGUGUUUCAUGAUUGACGCAAUAUGUGGGAUACCAAGGUAUAUCUUUAUUACAGAUAUUGGUUUUAUACGUGGAAGCAUUUUUUUUACAGUUUAAAUCACGAUUACAUUGCUUUUAAUACGAGUUCAAAUACCGGACUUACAUUGGCCAAAGAGACCGUUAAGCACCACAAGGCAAUCAUCAAUGGGGAAUGAUCAAGGUGGUGGUGGUGGCGGAGGUGGAACAGAUGGUGGUGGUGGUGGAGGAGGAGGAGGUGGUGGUGGUUGGGGCGGCGGUGACGGCGGAAGGGGAGGCGACCCUGGCCAGGACGGCGAAAGGGGCGGUGAUGCCUCUACUCCAUUUGGAGAUGGUGGUGGUGGGGGCGGAGGCGGUUCCGGUGGCGGGAAGGGAGGUGAUGGAGGAACAGGCGGUACUUUUGGAUCAGACGGACAAAAGGGAGAAGACGGUGAUUAAAAAGUGUGAAAGUGGUGUUACAAAGAACAAAGCUUUAUACAUGAUGUGAUUAACUGUGAAUGUAUGAUAACAAGUAACACUUAUUAAAGUAAACUGUUUUGACUCGGUGAUUAUUAUACUACACACAAUAACGUAUUAAUAUGAUCACAUAGCAGAGUUUUUUGUUGUCUAUUGAUACAUCCUUAUAGGAAUUUGUGUAAUGUGUGUAUGCGUGUCAUGACUAUUGAAGUAUAUUAAAUUAUAUUAAACCCCAAUUUAUGUAAUAAUAAACACAUGCAAAAAAUAUUAUAUUUUCAUUUUCUCAAUGUACAUACCUUUGUUAAACAUUUGUUAAAACGAAAGUAGGUUUAUUUCUUAUGUGCGUAUUUACUAUGCACAUAUGUAAACAUGUAUGCACUUUCGACGAUAUCUUUGUGUUAUACCGCAUAAUGGAAAUUAUCUUGUUUGGAAAUUACUUAAAUAUUUAAAAAUAUCAGCUUCUCAUAUUUAAAAAUUUGUUUCAAUUUGGGUUGAUCAGUUAACUUAAAUCCUCAUGUGUAUAUUACAUAUUGUUGCUGAUUUUGCAUAUGUGUUUUACAAUUCAUCAAGGUUUUGUAGAUUAGCAAGCAAACUUAAAGGCUGUCAUCAUUUAUUAAAUUAACAAUACUAUAUUAUAUAUGUUUAAGUUGCAAGUUUAUUUAUCUGGUAUAAGUCAUAACUAUUCACAAACUAUUUUCUCUUUUAUUAAGUACUUUGUUCAUCCUCAUUUUGCGAGAUAACUUCAAUUUUUCAUAGUUAUAGCGAUAUAUAAUUAUAUAGAUAUAUGGUUAAUUCGUGUUAUUUUGUUAAUUGAUAUACGUUCAAAUGUUAUUUUCAAUAAUAUGCGUUGAUGCACCUGUUAUUGUAGAAUAAUUGUUUGUUCAGAGGAAAAUAGUUUUCCGCUUCAAGCAAGGAAUCAACAACUCCUUGCGAGUUAUAUCUAUGUAUUUGCAUAGAUGUAAGUUUGCACCAAUAUUUGUCACAGUUCAAAUGAUUUCCUACGAUUCGAAUCCCCGAGUUUCAACCAAAGCAACGCAAUUAUUUGUUCAUUGAUUGACGCCAAUUCUAUAUGUUCUAUAUUAUCUGAAAUAGUGUGACUCCCAUAUUUCAACCCAAAAUGUGAGGAUAGGUUUAACCAGUAAAUUAUAAGCUACA